CGGAAACGGUAUUACUUGGGAAAAGAUUUUUCAGAUUAACUCCACGCUCAACUGGGUGGUCGCGCAGCUUUCGUGAGCUUUUGCCGAUUGAGCUUUAUGUGGCGCCGUAUGUGUGUGUGUGUGUAUGUUUGCGAAUGAUAAAGCGAGAAGUGAACGUUUAGGCAAAAGACAAGUGGGAGUUUGCUGACUCUAUUUUCCCGUGUACAAAGUUCCGAUCUCUGUGGGGAGAUUCACUUUGGUGGAGCGAGUGGCUCAAGUCUAAACCACUCUAGGUAGCUUGCAUCAGUUUCUUUUCAGAUUUCCCGGUGACAAUAUCACUUGAAUUACUCAGUGCUGACUUUUUCGGGGGGCUCACUAUACCACACAGUAUUUUGCACGAGACAUUUUUAUAACAAAUUCCUCGGCAAGAGCAGCAACAAGUUUUAAGAAUUUGCAUAACAACCACAAUAUUUUCAUUUUAUAAUUCUUUAUUCUGCAUUCCGCACAGAAUAAAUCUGCAUCAUCAUCAGGACUUUAUGGCCAGCAUGUAUUCAUGACAGAGUGGGAAAAAUAUUUUUUUUUACAAUCAACACACCUGCUGUCCAAGUGGUUGGACCCACACAAGGUAUCCAAGAAAAGUGAAGUGUCGCGAAAGUGGAAAUUUUUGGGAAGUUUUUGUGAAAUCAAAAUCUCUUCCCCAGUGAGAUUUCUACGUUAAAAAAAUUGAAAUUUGUGUUUUGUGCGAUAUAGAAGAAGUUUUCACGGGGAAAUUGAAAGUUUCCUCGGUGGUAAAUAUAUUUGUGAUUGUGAAGUAGUUUUUUUAAACCGCCAAAAUUGAUAACCUCACGGAAUACGCCAUGGCGUCUGGCUUUGUCAAGAUCGCCAUGGAUGAAUUCAAUUCCCAUACAACGAACAAUUGGACGGGACUCCUGAUGCGCUACUGGACGAUAGUAGAGGAGGAAUUUGCAGAUGAUAGAGCCAAAGGGUAUCCCCUGAUGGACAAUCCACUGCCAACCCUAGCCCUUGUAGUGGCCUACCUAGCCUACGUACUCAUCAUUGGACCACUCUACAUGCGAGACAGGAAACCGCUCCAACUCAAAAACACACUCAUUUACUAUAAUGCCUGCCAAGUUCUCCUAAGUGGAUAUAUGUUUUAUGAGCAUUUAAUGUCGGGGUGGCUCUUUGAUUACAACCUCAGGUGUCAGACGGUGGAUUACUCGGACAGUCAACAAUCGAGACGGAUGCUAAAUCUCUGCUACAUCUACUACCUGUCGAAAUUAUCCGAAUUCGCGGACACAAUAUUUUUUGUGUUGCGAAAGAAAAAAUCCCAAGUGACCUGGCUGCAUCUCUACCAUCACUCCUUGACGCCCAUUGAAGCUUUUAUCCUAGUUAGAUUUUUAGCCGGUGGAAACGCCACAUUUCCCAACAUUCUCAACAAUUUCGUCCAUGUUUGCAUGUACUUUUACUACAUGGUAGCCGCUAUGGGGGCACAGUACCAAAAAUUCCUAUGGUGGAAGAAAUACAUGACGGAACUUCAAAUUGCACAAUUUAUUCUCUGCAUUGCCCACACAAUCCGUGCCCUCGUGUCCGACUGCCAAUUUCCACCCGUCAUCUCGGCUCUGCUCCUCCUCAAUGCAUCCAUCUUCUUCGUCCUCUUCAUGAACUUCUACAUCCAGAACUACAACAAACAGAGAAGUCUUGCCAAGAAAUUAGAAUAACUCAAAGACUUUUUAACAGUUUGUAAGUGAAUUGUAAAUAAAAUAGUUUUAAGGCAUAAAAAAUCGUCAAAUCUUUUUUUAUCAUUCUCAAUUUCGCAAAAUGAAAAAAAAAAUCAACGACUUUGCAGUAUAAAUUGUGCCUAGUCUUAUACUUUUUGUAUAUUUUUUGUGAAAGUGCAAUUUUGGACUACAUAUUUGUUGAAAAAAAGGAAAAGGUAAAAAUAAUGUAUUUUAUAUUAAUUUAUUUUUAGAAAAUUAUUUGAGCCUAUUGUGAAAAUUGAAGAUAAAAAUGUAUUUAUUUUUUUUCUUUUAAUAUAAAAAAAAGGAUUUAAGAAUACCUACCUUUAAAAAGAAUUAAGAAAAAUGAUUGAAAAUAAUGAAUUGCCUGCACAAUAAUGGAAAAAAAUGUUGAAAAGAAUAAUGUUCUAAAAUUAGGGAUUGCACUAUUUAUUUACAAAAAAUAAAAUAUUUUUACAGAAUGUUUUAGAAACAAGAAAAAAAUAAUAAAAAUAUCGUUGUGCAGACAAAACAUUAUAUUUUUAUACAUAUUAUUCUGCUGUGUCAUUUUGUUAAAAAUUGUUAUAUUUUUAUGUUUUUUUUCUAAAAAUUAUUUUAAAAAUCAUAAAAAUAAGAAACUUUUUUAUUUUCUUUUGAGAAGGUUUUUAAAUUAAAAUUUAUUGUAACAAUUGCAUGAGAAGAUUUUAAAUUAGUAAAGAAAUAUAAAAUAGAUAAACAAAAAGUCCAAAAUUGUACUACCAAUUCUUUCAAUAAAAAAAAGAAA